AUGAAAUUGGUUCUACUGGUCUCGUUUAUCGCAGCUUUCGUCGGCAGUUCGAUUGCAUUGGAUUGCACUCAAAUUCCGGCUAGUGCAGUUGUAACAGGCCAUUUUGUAAACAUUCCCGCUGGAGCUGAAACGCCUGUUCAGAUCCCACCAAACUAUGAUUGCACUUACCAAGUUUCAGUACCGCCAAUGGUGUAUGCACGAGUGAGAUUGGAAAAUGGGAUGAAAGGAAACAACGAUAUGAUUAUUGGGAGAGAUGGGCAAUUGACAACAACAGUGGUUUCAUCUCGUUCCAACUCAGUUAUGCAAUUUUAUGUUUUCCCCAAUACCACCACAACUUUCCGAGUGACAACAAGAAGUGUGGAUAUGCACUCCACUUUCCGACUAGUGGUUUUCUAUCAAAAAAAGCUUAACUCAUCGGUUACCUACCUAGGAAACCCUGAUAUGAAAUAUUUCACUUUGAACGAUUUGCAAGUCAACUCCUACAAGACUCCACAGACUAUGGUGGCCAAAGAACGCAUCUCUCUAUCAGUAGCUCACUCCGGAUGGGAUGCUGAUAAGUUCGAUAACUUCUUUGUGAUUGAUGGAGACUUUGAGCACGUGAAAGAAGUUUACAGAAUGUCUAGAUUUGUUUACCAAAAUUAUAUCAGUACUGGAAACAAUUUGACAGUAGUUGGACUGGAUAAUUCCGUUUCGGAGAGCUCCGUUGUGUUCACACCCCUUUCGCAAAUACUUCAAUACGAUUCGGUCACUUCAAUCGGAACAUAUUUCCAAGCAAAUCAAUUGGAUAUCAAUGCUAAAAUUGGGGCCAAAAAGAAACAAGCAGUGAAUGUUAUUGCAAUGAAUGAUUAUACCAGAAUUCUGUCUGUGGAUAAGACCUCUGACCCAGACUGUUCAUUGAAAGCAGUUCAAUCUCCUCCAACCGCCACUUCUGAAGUCUUCCUUGAUUUUUCGACAGUCACUGAUUUUCCAAGAAACAUCACUCACCAGUCAUUCACAAUUGUAGCUGAAAAUUGUGCUGCAACAAUCAAGAUGGUUUCUCUCAACUAUUGA